AUGACGAGGAGCUUCUCUUCAAUGUCCCGUGAGUUCCCUUCCCCGAGCUCCUCCGUCCUGGCCGCCAGCGGGGCCGGUUCCUCGGCUUUCCCUUCCCCGAGCUCCUCCGUCCUGGCCGCCAGCGGGGCCGGUUCCUCGGCUGUGCGUUCCCGGGAGCGAGGCACAUCUGUGCGCUGCGGUAACUGGGGCCGGUUUGGGGACAAGGGAGCUGAAACCACCACUUGUGUGUCCCUGGGCAGGUUUACAGGCAACGUGAAAUUGAAAGGAGUAAUGGUGAUGGGAGAAGACGACGGGACGCAUCCAGCGGAGAUGAGGCUCACCCAGUCUGGGAGAUACCAGUGUCGUGAGCGAGGCACAUCUGUGCGCUGCGGUAACUGGGGCCGGUUUGGGGACAAGGGAGCUGAAACCACCACUUGUGUGUCCCUGGGCAGGUUUACAGGCAACGUGAAAUUGAAAGGAGUAAUGGUGAUGGGAGAAGACGACGGGACGCAUCCAGCAGAGAUGAGGCUGUUCAGGAACAUUCCUCACAUGUCCUUUGAUGACACGGCCAGGGAAGCGGAGCAGACGUUCAGCCUGAACCGGGACCCGACGGGGGAGCUGGAGUACCCCACCAAAAUUGCCCGUUUCUCCAAUGUUUACCACCUCUCCAUCCACUUUCCGAAGAACUUCGGAGCGGAGACAACCAAGAUAUUUUAUAUAGGCCUGAAAGGAGAGUGGACAGAGGCUCAUCGCCACGAAGUCACCAUCUGCAAUUACGAAGCGUCAGCAAACCCAGCUGAUCACAAGCUGGAACAAAUCACCCCACAGACUCACUUCAUCUCCUAACAUGGUGGUGGGACUCUCCCGAAGGCUCUGACACAAGGCUACGGAUGCGAUGGGCUGACUCGGACAGAACUGGCUUCCUGGAGCACUGCGGAGCGUUGGAUCAGUUUGACGUUUUGGUCUUUGCCUCAGAAAGCAGAGCUCCGAGCGUACGCGAUGCCUGCGUGGGGGCGGCUGCUGAGGGCAGCGACGCGUCGGGUCCCGGGGAAGGCAGCGGAUCCACUCUCCUCAGGGGAGAGUCGGUCUUUGGGCGGUGGCGAGCUCGUGGCCGGUAUUGUUUACUUCUCUGACUGCCAAUAAAACACUGCUGAGGUGCCGA